AUGGUGUGCAGCAUCCCCAUGCUGAGCGGGGCGGUGCGAACCUUCACGCUACUCCUCAGCGCGCCCCUCACCGCCAACGACCCCUUCGUGCAGCAGUACAUCAACAACCUCCGCGAAAGCGAGAUCACGAUCCGGUCGAUGGCGGCGCCCAAAAAGGACGUGAUCGAGGUGCGCGAGGUGGGCCACCAGGUGGAGCGCGUGGGGCCGUCGUCCGACCUGGAGCCUCUGCCCGAGGGGCGGGGCGGUCCGAUCACGCGGCAGACAGCGUUCCAGGUGGCCUACAGCUACGGCUACAUCAAGCCCAAGAUGCUCCGCGUCAAGAUGCUCCACCAGUUCCUCUGGUCCUGCACCUACGGCGCUCCCACAUCCUCCUCCUCCUCCUCCUCCUCUUCAUCGUCGUCGUCAUCCUCUUCAUCUUCGUCGUCGUCCACCCCUUCGGCUCCGGGCCACUUUCUCAUGUCGGAUCUCCUCCGCCGGAUGCCGGUGAAGCUCUACCUACAGGUGAUCGGCCAAACCCAGAAGAUUCCGGGCCUCGAGGAUUGCCUGGCCGACGACCUCACCAUCCGCCAGCUGCCCGUCGCGAUCAAGUCGGCGCUGUUCCACCGGCGCGUGUUCUCGCGUCGCCUCAACGACCUCCUCGACGUGCUCCGGAAGCUCAAGCUCGUCGGCUGCCAAGAGGAGCACUCGACGUCGUACGAGGCCAUGCACCUGGAGCGGCACGGAGAGAUCGAGGACCGGAUAUCGGAGCGUAGCGGUACGGUGCGGCGCUACACCUUCAACACGUUCGCCGACAUUAUGAAGUAUUGGACGGAGCUCGAAUACAUCUCCCUCGCCCGCAUCGUCAUCGAGGACGAAGAGAACGGGGAGGAGAGCCAAUCCAAGCUCGAGGAGGACAACGAGGACGAGAUGGGAGGAGGCGGCGGCGGCAGCACCGGCGGCGGUGCUCACCCGCCGGUGAUCGGCCAAACCCAGAAGAUUCCGGGCCUCGAGGAUUGCCUGGCCGACGACCUCACCAUCCGCCAGCUGCCCGUCGCGAUCAAGUCGGCGCUGUUCCACCGGCGCGUGUUCUCGCGCCGGCUCAACGACCUCCUCGACGUGCUCCGGAAGCUCAAGCUCGUCGGCUGCCAAGAGGAGCACUCGACGUCGUACGAGGCCAUGCACCUGGAGCGGCACGGAGAGAUCGAGGACCGGAUAUCGGAGCGUAGCGGUACGGUGCGGCGCUACACCUUCAACACGUUCGCCGACAUCAUGAAGUAUUGGACGGAGCUCGAAUACAUCUCCCUCGCCCGCAUCGUCAUCGAGGACGAAGAGGAGAGCCAAUCCAAGCUCGAGGAGGACAACGAGGACGAGAUGGGAGGAGGCGGCGGCGGCAGCACCGGCGGCGGUGGUCCCAAUAAUAACGGCGGCAAGGAUCCCUUUGGCGGCACCCUGCCCGAGCUCACCCGCCGGGCGAACUGGUCGAGCCUCAAGCCGCUGAACCGCGCCCAGAUCUCCGUCCUCGACCAGCACGAAUUCGCGCACGCCCCCACCAAAGCCGAGAUCACCUACCUCGCCACCCAGUACCACAUACCGACGGUGCAGGUGAUGAACCACUACAAACUCAAGAUGAAGAAGCGCGCUCAGCACACCCUCACGCGCCGCACGGCCACCCGCACCACCCGCAAGCGCACCGUCACCUCGGGCCUCCCCACCACUCGGAAGGGGCGCAAGCGGAAGAGCGCAACCGACGACGGGUCCGGCCUUGUCGACGACUCAGGGCGCCCCCGCAUCAGCUUCGCCAUCGACACGUCGAGGAGGAAGCGCAAGCGGGCGGCCCUGCCGCGGCUGGACAUGGAGCGGCGCGAAGACGAGGACGAGGACGAGUCCCUGGACGAGGCGGCCCGCGCUGCCGCCGUGCCCCAGCGCACCAACUGGCUGCCCGACGAGGACCUCGCCCUCAUCCGCACCUUCGUCCACGUCCGGGCGGAGGCCGGGACGGAGGAGCGGGAGGCGUCGGAGGACGAGCUGUGGGUGCACAUCGGGCGGCUGAUGAGCAAACCGGCCUCGGUCUGCAAGCAGCGCAUCCACUCGCUCCUCAAGGGCCAGCACCUGGAGCCCGCCGUGCAGAUCCUCAUCGAUCACCUCAACCGCCGCGACGCCGCGCCCCUCACACGGUCGGAGACGCCGCUGCCGGAGACGGUGGAGGAGGUGGGGCAGCGGUACCUCAUCGCGGCCCCGUUCAAAUCGGCUCCCCUCCCGCCCGUGGCCCCCAUCAUUUCCGCCGCCGAGGACAUGUACAAGAUGAUACUGCUGAUGGGCACGCGGGGCGAGGAGGUGGCGGAGUGGGCGUGGCGGCUGUUCCCCUACUUCACGGAGGACGAGCUGGACCUGGCCCUGCAGCGGCUGCGGCAGGCCGGCCUCAUCGUCAAGGCGCGCGGCCGCGAGGGCGUCCGCUUCCAGCUCUCCGACAAGUACACAGACCCGCCCCACCCCUCCGGAAUGUUCAAGAAGAUGUGCGUAUCGCACAAGCUCAACACGCUCAGCGAGGAGGCACGCGAGUUCGCCCAGCAGAUCCGGGAGGGCAGCGCCCUCACCAUCGGACCCAUGACCAACGGCGGAUCCGUCGCACACCUCCUCUCCCUCCUCCACGACGGCUCCGUGCGUGCGGUGCCGGACCUGCCGGACCUGCCGCCGGAGGCGUUGGCGCCCGAGGGCGGUGAGGAGCGUUCGGGGCGCGGAGGUGUGGUGCUGCACCUCAUGGGCAAGAAGCGCGUACUCUCCGGUCCCUAUCGCACCGCCAACCUCCAACUCGAUGUAUUUGCCUGGACGAUCGGCCUCGAGACGCGGGGUGACAUCAACCUGGAGCAGUGCGUGGGGGCCUUCGCGCCGAGGGACCGGCCGCCGGGCCUCCACGAGCUGCUGCCGGGCCGGUCCGGGGAGGAGGAUCGGCAGCAGGGCCGCGAGGCGUCCGCGGCGGCGCGCAAGCGGCCCAGCCUGGAGCCCGUGCUGGGCUACCUCUGCGCGGCCGAGGCGUCGCCCGCCCUCGUCGCCGCCGUCGAGAGCCUCUACCGCUUCAUCGCCCGAUCGGAGACCUCGGGCGUCACCGCCACCGACCUCCUCGAGCACCGCCGGCAGGAGGAGAUGCGCGCCGCGGACCAGGAAGAGGCCCUGCGCCACCUCCUCAACUUCGAGAACGUGGUCGAGGUGGCCGCCUACGAACAACGGUUGUGGGUGGCCGACGAGUCGGUGGACCGGUGGUCGUGGAUGCCGCUGCCCUCGGCGUCGUGCGGGGAGGGCCACAUUCUGCCGCCCCUCCCGCCCCUCGACAACCCGCAACCGGCCGCCGCCGCCGCCGCCACCGCGGCGGAGGUCCAGGCCCCACCAUCGAGGGCAGAGCCGGCAGCAGCGGCGGCGGCAGCUGCAAGGGCGCCCACGAGACGCGACAAGGGCAAGGAAAAGGAAACGGAGACGAUGGAGGGGAAUGGCCUCCGCCGCGCCCCGAAAAAGAAGAAGAAGCGGGGCGCCAAGGCCAACAAGGAGCACAUCGCCCUCAUGAACUCCGCCGGGGAGCCCACGCCGACGGAGGUGAUCAGGCCGUGGAAGAUGCUGGACGGUUCGAUCAACCAGCAGUUCCUGUCCAACCUGCGCCGCCGCAUCUACGGCAUCAUCCUCCACCACCCGGGCAUCUACCAGCAAACGAUCGUGGAGGAGAUGGAGCUGCUGGGCGCCGAGUCGGUGCGGGAGGUCAUCAGGUCGCUGCUCGUGGACGACUGCAUCUACGCACGCGCCAUCACCUUCGAGCGGCCCUCGCUCUUCUCCGCGCCCGAACCCUUCGACGCCAUCGUCCUGCCCGGGCGCGUGUCGUCGUGGGACACCGAGCCGUCGCUGCUUCUGGGCAUGCCCUCUGCGGGCCAGCAGCAGCAGCAGGGGCUGGAGAUGGACAACCACGUCUGCUACUUCGUGCGGCCCUCCGCCUUGGCCCGCAUUUGA